AUGUCAUUCCGUUUCGUUUUCACAACUUCACGUCGUUUUGCCUCCAACACAAAACUCCUCAUAAAUGAGCCGAAAUUCGCGUUUUUGAAAGAACUCGGGCUCAAAGAGAAUAAUACUGGAGUUUUUAAUGGAAAAUGGAAGGCGAGUGGACCGAUUGUGCAAUCUUAUGCUCCGGCCACAAAUACACCAAUUGCUCAUGUUAGUUUUUUUUUCUGGGAGGGGGAAGGUUGAGGAAAAUGGGAAUUUUUGAGCUGAAAAUCACGAAAAUUGGCCGAUUUCAAGCUGAAAAUUUAAUUUUUCAUGAAUUUUUGACCCAAAAAAAGCCACGUGGCAUUUUUUGUUUGAAAAUUCAAAGUCUUAUGAAAAUGGGGAUUUUUGAGCUGAAAAUCACGAAAAUUGGCCAAUUUUAAGCUGAAAAUCUGAAUUUUUCAUGAAUUUUUGACCCCAAAAAAGCCACGUGGAAUUUUUUUUUCUUCAGAAAAACCGUAAAAACUUUUAAAAAAUUUUUUUAUCGUGGAAUUUUGAAACAGCAAAUUUUUAAAUUCAGAAAAAUUUGAAUGAAAAAUUUUGGAGCGAAAAAUCCAGAUUCAAAAAUUUAGAAAAUUUUUGAAAUCAGAAAAAUUAAAAUAAAAAAAUUCAAAAUUUUUCGUCAAAAAAAGCCACGUGGCAUUUAUUUUUUUUUUUCAAAAAAACUGUAAAAAACUUUAAACAAAAUUUUUUAUCGUGGAAUUUUGAAACAGCAAAUUUUUAAAUUCAGAAAAAUUUGAAUGAAAAAUUUUGGAGCGAAAAAUCCAGAUUCAAAAAUUUUGAAAAUUUUUGAAACAGCAAAUUUUCAAAAAUAAAAAUUCAAAAUUUCCGCGCCGAAAAAGCCACGUGGCAUUUAUUUUUCGAAAAUUAAAAAUUCAAAAUUAGCCGGCUAAAAAACCACGUGAAAUUUUUUCGAAAAUCAAAAUUUUGGAGCGAAAAAUCCAGAUUCAAAAAUUUUGAAAAUUUUUGAAACAGCAAAUUUUUCAAUUCAGAAAAAUUAAAAUAUUAAAUUUUGGAGCGAAAAAUCCAAAUUCAAAAAAAAUUUUCAAAUUAAAAAAGUCCAAAUUUGACGCCAAAAUCUACAGUAGUCACAACCGCGUGCUUUUUCUUUCCAGGUUCAAAAUGGUACAGUAGCCGACUACGAAAUCGCAGUCACCGAAGCGCGAAAAGCCUACCAAGAUUGGUGUGAAAUCCCAGCCCCACGACGCGGUGAAGUCGUCCGCCAAAUCGGCGACAAACUCCGAUCUCAACUCACAAAUCUCGGUCGAUUGGUCUCGCUGGAAAUGGGAAAAAUCCAAUCGGAAGGUGUUGGUGAAGUUCAAGAAUAUGUGGAUAUUUGUGAUUAUGCGACGGGGUUAUCGCGAAGUUUGGAGGGCAAAAUCUUCCCGUCGGAAAGAGCCGGACACGCACUUUUGGAGCAAUGGAAUCCGUUGGGAGUGGUUGGUGUGAUUUCGGCGUUCAAUUUUCCGUGUGCGGUUUAUGGAUGGAAUAAUGCGUUGGCUCUGGUGACUGGAAAUGCGGUCGUUUGGAAACCGGCACCAUCUACACCAUUGGUUGCUAUUGCUACUACAAGGUGACUUUUUUCUCUCCGCAAGCUCAGCUUUCCAGAAAAUCUGGAGAGUUAAGGUAACUUGGCCGCUGCGCGGAAGAUUGCGGCGCUGCGCGCAAGCUUGCGGUUUACACUCGCGACUUGCGUCGCUCGAAGACUAGCUAAGCCUAAGCCUAGCUAAGCCUAAGCCUAGCUAAGCCUAAGCCUAGCUAAGCCUAAGCCUAGCUAAGCCUAAGCCUAGCUAAGCCUAAGCCUAGCUAAGCCUAAGCCUAGCUAAGCCUAAGCCUAGCUAAGCCUAAGCCUAGCUAAGCCUAAGUAACCUGAAAAGCCUAAAAACCCUAAAGCCUGAGGCUUAACUUAUUCAGCAAAAAAGUUAUCCCAACUUAGGUAACUUGGCCGCUGCGCGGAAGAUUGCGGCGCUGCGCGCAAGCUUGCGGUUUACACUCGCGACUUGCGUCGCUCGAAGACUAGCUAAGCCUAAGCCUAGCUAAGCCUAAGCCUAGCUAAGCCUAAGCCUAGCUAAGCCUAAGUAACCUGAAAAGCCUAAAAACCCUAAAGCCUGAGGCUUAACUUAUUCAGCAAAAAAGUUAUCCCAACUUAGGUAACUUGGCCGCUGCGCGGAAGAUUGCGGCGCUGCGCGCAAGCUUGCGGUUUACACUCGCGACUUGCGUCGCUCGAAGACUAGCUAAGCCUAAGCCUAGCUAAGCCUAAGCCUAGCUAAGCCUAAGCCUAGCUAAGCCUAAGUAACCUGAAAAGCCUAAAAACCCUAAAGCCUGAGGCUUAACUUAUUCAGCAAAAAAGUUAUCCCAACUUAGGUAACUUGGCCGCUGCGCGGAAGAUUGCGGCGCUGCGCGCAAGCUUGCGGUUUACACUCGCGACUUGCGUCGCUCGAAGCCUAGCUAAGCCUAAGCCUAGCUAAGCCUAAGCCUAGCUAAGCCUAAGCCUAGCUAAGCCUAAGCCUUAAAAACCUUAAACAAUUUUUCUCUAAAAAAUUUGAAACAGUGAAUUUUUAUCGUUUUUUUUUUGGAAUUUUUGGAUCUUUUCAGCUUCAAAAAUUAACCCAAAUCUCAAAGUUACACUAACUUCUUCAGAAAAUCUGGUAAAGCCUAAAAGCCUAAGCGGAAGUCUAAGCCUAAGUCGACACCUUAAGCCUAAUUGGAAGGUUUAGCCUAAGUUAGGCCUAGAUAAGCCUAAGCCUAAACCUUAAACAAUAUUCUCUCUUUUAAAAUUUGAAACAGCAAAUUUUUAUCGUUUUUCAGUAGACUGCCCAUCAAUUUAUUUUCCAAAAAUUUUUUUUUCAUAAUUUUUUGAAACAGUGAAUUUUUAUCAUUUUUGAAAAUUUUUGGAAUUCACCAAAAUCUCAAAGCUACACUAACUUCUUCAGAAAAUCUGGUAAAGCCUAAAAGCCUAAGCGGAAGUCUAAGCCUAAGUCGACACCUUAAGCCUAAUUGGAAGGUUUAGCCUAAGUUAGGCCUAGAUAAGCCUAAGCUAAAUUACCUGAAAUCCUUUUUAAACCUAGAAAAAAUUUGAAAGUCGUAUCAAUUUUUUUGAAAAAUAUUUGGUUUUUCACAAUUUUUUGAAACAGUGAAUUUUUUUUUGAAAAUUUUUGGAAUUUUUUGAUUUUUUUUAGCUUUAGCUUCAGAAAUUAACCCAAAUCUUUAAAAAUGUUGAAAAAAUCUGAAUUUUGAUCUGAGCUUUUUGAGCCGAUGAGUUUGAAAAAAAUAUUUUUUUCCAAAAAACUCUAGAUCUUUCUACAGUAACCUAUCAAAAAUCCCCGAAUUUUCCAGAUUAGUCGAACAAGUUUUGGUUGAAAACAACAUCAAUCCCGCACUUUGUUCAUUGGUUUGUGGAGAAGGAGAUGUUGGACAAGCAUUGGUCAAAGAUAAACGAGUUGAUUUGGUUUCGUUUACUGGAUCGACUGAAGUUGGUAGAAUUGUUGGACAACAAGUUCAGGCCAGAUUUGGAAAGGUGAGGGGGGAUUUGGGGGUUUUGUGGGAAAUUUUUGGCUCAAAAUGUUGAAUUUUCAUUAAAAAAUGUAUUUUCGGCGCCAAAUUUGCGAUUUUAAAAAAUUUGAAACAGUAAAUUCUGAAAAUCAAAAUUUUUAUGAAACCAAAAAAAAUAUUUCAAAUUAAAUCCACGUGAAUUUUUCUGGCGCUAAAUUUCAAAAUUUGAAAAAAUAUCUAGAAAAAUCCACGUGGAUUUCAAAAUUGGAAAAAAUAUCUAAAAUUUUCGAAACAGUAAAAUAAAUUCUUAAAUUCAAUUUUAAUAAAUCUACGUGGAUUUUUCUGGCGCUAAAUUUCAAAAUUUGAAAAAAUAUUCCACGUGGAUUUUUUUUUUCUUCAAAAAAAAACCGUAAAAACGUUGACAAUUUUGGAGCCAAAAAUCCAGAUUCAAAAAUUUGGAGAAAUUUCGAAACAGUAAUAAAUUCUUAAAUUCAAUUCGAAAAAAUCCACGUGGAUUUUUCUGGCGCGAAAAAAUCCGAUAAAAAAAUUUAUUUUUGGUGCCAAAAAUUUUCGAAAAUGUAAAUUUUGAAAAUCAAAAUUUUUUUAAGAAACUCAGAGAAAAUUUUGCCCCCGGGCUGCCCGUAGGAAUUUGGUUUGCCCCUAUUUUCGGGGUGUUGCCCUUCGGACCAGCACGAAGGGCAAAUUUUCUAAUGGGUAUUUUUUGAGCACGUGACCUAGUUUUGUGACCUAGUUACGUUUUCGAUCACAAAAAAUAAUAAAUUUCUUUCAUUUCACUUAUUUCGGUAUUCAAGAAAAUAGUUGGGAACUCAAUUUCAAUUUAUAUGCUACAAGUUCCAAAAAAUUGCAAAGUGAAAAGCAGGAACAGGAAAUCAAGAAAUUUAUAUUAUGAGUAUUUCUAUUUGGAAUAUUUGUGAAUUUGGAAAAUUGUGUCAUCUCACGCUGCCCAAGUCCGAAAUUGCAGAAGUCAGAGAAUGUGCUCAUUAGAAAAUUAUUAUUCGAUGUUCCGACUGUUAUUUCGAGAAUGUAUAGCAGGGCCGAAAUUCCGAAAACUAUGAAUGAGAAUUCUGAGAAGCUUCAUUUUUAUAAAAUAAAAGUUUUCUCUUUGAAAUAUGUUUUUAUUUCGAUUAAUUUUUAUCAAAUAGAUUAACUAGAUUUCCGAAGGUAACCACCAUUGUGAAUGAUUUCCUGGCGCAAGAUUUUUUUUUGAAUUUUGCCAUGGCGAAAAUUAAAAAUUAAAACAGUAAUGAUUUUUUCCACGUCAAAAUUUUUAAAAUUUAAAAAACGUCAUACCCUAGUUUUUCUUAAUUGCCCCUAGGCCGCCCCUUGAAUGCACUAGUGUUGCCCUUAGGACCAGCCCUCGGGGCUCUCCAAGGGGCUGCCCAUGGACCACCUUUUCUCUGAGAACAAUGAAAUCUUUCAAAAUAAUUCCACGUGGAUCUUUGGCGCCAAAAUUUCAAAAUUCAAAAAAAAAUAUUUCACGUGGAUUUUUGGUCCUCAAAUAAUCCAUGAAAAUACAAAUCAAUUUUUGACACCCAAAUUUUCAAAAAUAAAAAUUUCUAGAAUUUUUGAAACAGUAAUAAAUAUUAAAUUCAAUUUGAAAAAAUCCACGUGGAUUUUUCCGGUGCUAAAUUUCAAAAUUCAAAAAAAAAUCUAGAAAUUUUUUUCUGAAACAGUAAAUUCUUAAAUUAAAUUCAAAAAAAUCCACGUGGAUUUUUCUGGCGCUAAAUUUCAAAAUUCAAAAAAAUAUCUAGAAAUUUUUUUUGAAACAGUAAAUUCUUAAUUUAAAUUUUUUAAAAACCACGUGGAUUUUUCUGGCGCCAAAAUUUCAAAAUUCAAAAAAAAAUCUAGAAAUUUUUUUCUGAAACAGUAAAUUCUUAAUUUCAAUUUUAAAAAAAACCACGUGGAUUUUUCUGGCGCGAAAUUUCAAAAUUCAAAAAAAAAUCUAGAAAAAUCCACGUGGAUUUCAAAAUUUCAAAAUUCAAAAAAAAAUAUUUCCAGCAUCUCCUCGAACUUGGCGGAAAUAAUGCGAUCAUCGUCAACGAAGAUGCCGAUUUGAAUAUGGUUGUACCAGCCACGGUGUUUGCGGCCGUCGGAACUGCUGGACAAAGGUAUUUUCAUUUUCAGCCCGAGAAUUUCAGCUUUUUGAAAAAAAUCUGAAAUUAUUUUCAGAUGCACCACAACUCGCCGCCUCAUAAUCCACGAAAAAGUGUAUGAUCAGGUUUUGGAGCGGUUGAAAAGCGCCUACAAACAAUUUGAGUCGAGAAUCGGAUGUCCGCUCGAGCAGAAUACGAUUAUUGGACCACUUCAUAAUGAGCAGGUCAGGUUUUGGGCGGGAAAAUUUGAAUUUCCGCGAAUUUUUUGGGGGAAAAUAUGUUCAGAAAUUUUUUCCUAAUUAUUUAGUUAAAGUAAUUAAUAAACUCAAUUAGGAACUUCACUAAUUAGGCCCUAAUUAAUCUCUUAAGCCUAACUAAAGUCCUAAGCCUAAGCCCGAAAUUUUAAGCCUAACUGGAUGGUUAGGCCUAAGCCCAAGUCGGACAAAAUCUUAGGCCUAACUAAAGUCCUAAGCCUAAGCCUGAGCCAAAAUUUUAAGCCUAACUGGAUGGUUAGGCCUAAGCCUAAGCCAAAAUUUUAAGCCUAACUGGAAGGCUAGGCCUAAGCCUAAGCCGAAAACAUAAGCCUAACUGGAAGGUUAGGCCUAAGCCUAAGCCGAAAACAUAAGCCUAACUGGAUGGUUAGGCCUAAGCCCGAAUCGAAAAUCAUCACCCCCAAAUUCCAGGCUGUCCAAAAAUAUCAAGCAUCAAUCUCGGAAGCCAUCUCAGCUGGCGGAAAAAUCGAAUACGGUGGAAAAGUGCUGGAAAAAUCGGGAAACUUCGUGCUACCAACAAUUGUGACCGGACUCAAACACAAUGCUGAAGUUGUGCUCCGAGAAACGUUUGCUCCGAUCUUGUAUGUCUUCAAAUUCAGGGAUUUGAAUGAGGCGAUUCGGAUUAAUAAUGAGGUAGGCUUGGAGAGUUAGCCUAACUCUCCAGGUUUGCGGAAGAAGUUAGCGUAACUUUGCCUUUUUUCCAGGUCGCGCAAGGUUUGAGCUCCUCACUAUUCACCAAAAAUAUUCAAAAUGUUUUCAAAUGGAUGGGGUGAGCAUUUUUGGGGCUUAAAAUGAGCUAUGACGUGGCAAAAAAACAAUCUGAAAAAGCGAAUUUCGCUCCUGAAAAAAAUACGUUUCAAAAUUGAGAUUAAUUUUUUUGUUGAAUUCAAAUCUUCAGUAGUUUAUCAAGUUGCUUAAGCAAAAAAAAAUCGAAAAAUCGUCAUUUUUCAGCUGAGCUAUGACGUGGCAAAGAAAAUAUUGUGGAAUUUUUGGAUUGAAAAUUUUUGGAUUUUUUUUGGAAUCUCAAGAUUUUCAGCUUCAAAUUGAGCUAUUUGAAUUUUUUUUGAUAAUAAAAAGUUUUAGAAAAAAUCCCCUUUGAAAUUUUUGAAUUUCUCUUUAAAAAAUUCCUGGAAAAAAUAGGUUUCAAAAUUGAAUUUUAGGUAAAAAAUCCCCAUAUUUUUUCAGCCCAAAAGGAAGUGAUUGCGGAAUUGUAAAUGUGAAUAUCCCAACAUCUGGCGCUGAAAUUGGUGGAGCAUUUGGCGGGGAAAAAGAAACUGGAGGCGGAAGAGAAUCGGGUUCCGAUUCAUGGAGACAAUAUAUGAGAAGAUCCACUUGUACUAUUAACUACAGUAAUCAAUUACCAUUGGCCCAAGGGAUUAAGUUUGAGUAA